CUCGCCAGGCUGCUGGAAGAGGACUUCAGGCUGGAGGUGAAGUUGAACGACUACCUGGACAUCCUGUGCCCACACUACGAGGGUCCUCGGGUGCCCCAGAGCCUGGAGGAGUACACCCUGUACCUGGUGGAGGAAGAGGACUUCCAGCACUGCCGGCUGGGGUCCAGCGCCCAGGUCCGCUGGGAGUGCCGGAGACCCCGUGCCCCGCACGGUCCGGAGAAGUUCUCGGAGAAGUUCCAGCGCUACACGUCAUUCAGUCUGGGCAAAGAGUUCCAGGAGGGCCGACACUACUAUUAUAUCUCAAAACCUGUUCACCGGCGCAGGGAGCCCUGCCUCAGACUCCGAGUCCUCAUUGGCAGCAGUAAAGCACGAGAAAAGCCCGUUGAAGUUUACACACCUAAAACUGAGCUGCCAGCAGACCAGCCUCCAGACGAGAUGCCAGACAUUCAGAGAAGUACGGGGGAGUCGGCUGCCCUGCGGGGCUCUCUGCCACUCGCACUCCUGCUGCUACUGCUGCCCCCGGCCCUGCUAUUGUAGGGCUGCCACCCCUGGUUUGCGGACUGUUGUGAUGGGCCGGAAGGCUGGGCUUGCUUUCCCGGCGCUCGGGGUGGGGGUGACCGUGACUGUGGACCCCGAGUAACCAGCUGGUGUCCCAUCAAGUCAGCCAAGGACAAUGCACGGGUUUUCAAAAUGGCCACCGUGCGAAAUCAAAAUGGCAGCUGUGGGAAGACAAACGGUCACCAGGCCAGGAACCAGUGUGGACGUCUUCCUACGGUGGAUUACUGGCAGGAUGGCACUUGGAGGCCUAUCGGACAUCGGAAGCAGAUUUUGUGCUUCAAAUCUAUGGCAGGAGGCUCGCAAUGGCUUGUCGCUGGCGAUGAAGUGGAGCCGGGGAGGGAGGGGGGAGCACCGUACUGCUGAUCCAGGAGAUUGGGUGGGGAUGGGGGGGGGUGUGGGAGAGAUGUUAAAACUAACUCUAUAAAGCUGAGUCCAUUGGCCUACUCAAGGAGGGGUGUUUCUCCUACGGCAAAAUCCCAAACUACCCCCCCCCCCACCAUAUACCCCUUCCCUCCCUCCUUCAAGGCUCCUUCAUGCCUUUGUUUGGGAUUAGCUCUCCAGGACUCAUUACCCCAUUGGUAACCCCUGAUAUUUGAACCUCUCUGGCCCAUACUAACAGGUUGACAUUUCUGGGCCACAGGUUUCUCUAGAAACCCACACGCCUGCAUUCCUUUCUAUCCUCGCCCCCUCGAUGUGCUCUGAGGCAGAGCGGGCGGGUGUCUCCGUCUAGGUCAGGUUCGACUGGAAACAGAUUGGGAUUUUACAGUGGGGGGUGUGUGAUUUAUCCCAUGGGGGAGGGGGUCCUGUCCCACUUGCUAAGGAGAAACACCAUCUCCCAUUGAGUGGCCACUUGACCCUGAAUCACUUUGAAUCUGGAGACCCUCCCCCAGAACAACUGAACUCAGCCCAGGGUCCCGUGGGAAAGUUCUGCAGGGAGAUGUGAGAUUGAUUCUCUUCCAUUCUCCCAAAUCCAUGUAAAAAUUGUACAGAAUUUGAGUGUUUUCCAUUGUACAGUCUUAUUUUUGUAUACUUGGUCUGCAAUAAAUACCCUUUUAAA